AUGGCACCAUUAAAUGUGAAUGAAUUGGGAGAAUUAUUUGAAGAAGGUAGUGAUCAUCCUGAAAUAGUAAAUCGAUGGUAUGAACAAUUAUCAAAGUGUGACCUGGAAGAUAUCGAAAUAUCGGAAUCAGUUAAGCCACUUAUAAAAGCAAUGCAGUGGAUCAUGCAGUAUGAGCAUGCAAAUGCGGAAGAGUUAAAAGAGCUGGCGGUAAAGGAAGCUGCGGAAAUGGUGGAAAAACAAGAAAACUGGGAGGAAGAGAAGGAAAAUAUGAAUCUUGAACUCAAUUUUUUACGUGAACGCAUCACUGCUACAACAAACAGCACCGAUCUCAGUGAAACAUUUCGAACACGAAUUAAUAGUUUAACGGAAGAAAAUGUUUAUUUAAAAGAAAGAAAUAAAGAACGUGAUCGUGAAUUGGCCGAACAAAGUGACAAAGCUGAGAAAUUAAAUUGUCGCAUUGAACAACUCGAGAAUGAACGUGCUAAACUUAUUCAACAGCAAAUGUUUUUGGAUGAUUCUGUUCGUGAAUUAAGUAGACGGCUUGAAAAUAAAUUAGAAGGAUCUGCGACUAAUGAAGCUGAAGCGUUGAAAUUGCGACAACGAAGCCAACAAGCUGCGUUACUUUCCAAGCAAGUUCAGGAAGUUGCGCAACAAAAUGAUGAACUUCGGGCGGAAAUUGAACAACUGUCAACAGCGCUUGCCUCAGCAACAACAUUUAUCGAGGAUACGGCUCAUAAUUAUCAGUCAUUAUAUGAGCAAUUGUUGGAAAGUGACAAAAUUAUCGAGCGUUUAACAAAUGAUAAUGAAUUACUGGGCAAGAAGCUUGAAAAUGAAAAAACGACAACUGGAAAGUUGGAGAAUGUUGAUGAAAACUCAUUUCAACAUUAUAAGGAAUUGCUACAGGAUAAAGAUGAGCAAAUUGAAGCGUUACAAUUGAAGUUUGAAACUUUGCAAGUUGAGUUACAAGAGUUGCAAGCUCAGAAUGUAUUAGAGAGUAAUAUGAAAGGUGACAAAGAAAUGGAAAAAUUACGAGCGGAACUUCUCGAUGCUACCAAAAUAGCUCGACAAUUUUUUAGUGGUACUGUAACGAAUAAUAAAGUUAAUACACCAAUUGCGCAAAUGCAAUGUAAAAUUACAGCGCUCAACGAGAUUGUUGACAACUUACAUACUGAAAUUAAACAACGUGAAAUGGAGAAUAAUGAACUUAUACGUAAUAUAGAAAUGAAAGAUUCUGAAAAUCAGAAGAUUAACGCUGAAUUGAAACGACUUCGAGGGGAAAUAUUUGGUAGUGCAGAAAGUGAAAUUAAUCGCUUAGAGAAGCAAAUUAACUUUCGAGAACAGCAAAUUGAAAAAUUGACGGCUAAAUGUUCAUUGUUACAAAUUGAAUUGAGCACUGCUUUUAAUACAUCUGAAGACAAACUGGAAGAUUCCGUUUCUGCAACAAAUUCCGUAGAGAAAUUGUUGGUAGAAGAAUUCGAAAAGGGAGAUGAUAGAAGUAGUAGUGAAGUGGAAAAAUGCACUGACGAUAGCGCUAACAUUUUACAUGAAAUGAAAGAAAAUGAUGUGGAAUGCAAGCCAAAUUCAGAAAAUUUAUUAAAAAUCCAUAAAAGACUUAUAAAAUCCGGAAGAAAGAAAAAGGAAUAUGAAGGAAGCUUAGAAAGUUUGGAAGCUAGUGCAAUGAUCAUUUCAUCACUCAAUCAUGAAUUAAUGCUACUUAUGCAGGAAUUAGACGAGAAAGAUCGUCAAUUGCAAUGCAUGGAGAAAAGCAUGCAGCAUGCAGCAAGCAGCAUUGAUGAACUAAAAGUGAACUAUUUCAAUUUGCAAAAAGAAGUAUCCGUGAAUGAUACGACAUAUCAUAAUAAAACCAUCGAUGAGUUACGUCAACAAAUGGAAUGUUAUGAGAUCAAAAUUGAGGAAUAUCAGAAAUUAGCCAAUUCGAUACACUUAAAUGGAAAUGAGAUGCAAGAAAAAGUGGAAGAGAUGAAUAGACAAGUGAUUGCAGAACGACUACGAAAUCUUCAACUCAUACGAAAACUAGAAAUUGUUGAACGUAAUCGAAACAAUGAAAAUGUUGAAUAUAGAAAAAUUGAAAAGAACUAUCAGGAACAGCGUUUAUUACACCUCAAACAACUCAAAACUGCUAAUUAUGAAUCAGACUUGGCAUCAAUUGAGAUAGCACGUCUUCAGACACUUUUACUACGUUCUGUACCUAAAUAUGAUUAUGAUAAAUUAUUGGCACAGCAUAAACAAGUGUUAACUUCUGAUGACAAUUAUAAAUCGAUAGAUGAUAACUUCAAAAAUGAUCAAAAGGACAAAGAUUAUAUCGUUGCAAAUCUUUUAGAGAUGAAUGAUGAGACAAAAAGUGCCGAAAUUAUGGCGGAAAAUGUUCAUUUGAAAGAAAUGGUAAAUGUGCUAAGAAGUCAAAAUGAAUAUUGGCAAAUUGAAGUAGAGAAAAUUCGAGAGCAAAAUACCGAAAUGACACAUUUUCUGGAAGAUGUUGAAAGUGAAUCACAGAUGAAAAGUUUAUUGGUUGCUUUAGAACGACGUUUCUUAAAAGCGCUCUCGGAUCGAGCACAAUUUUCACAGAAUCAAAAAUUGACCGAUCAUCAAUUUCUAGAUCAGCAAAAUGAAUUUGCUAGGAAAAAACGAAGUUGGGCAAAUGAGAAGAAAAAAUUAAUCCAAAUGAUCAGAUCAUUGCAGUCACUCUUCCAGAUUAAAAGAGAAAAGGAAGAAUUAGAUUUGCAAUUACGACAUGCCGAAGCAUUACGAAAAAGUUAUGAAUUAUUGCAAGAGAACGAUUAUAAUGUGAUCAAACUGAGGAAAAAUUUACAAGCAAGCCAUUUAAAUAUGCUAAAUGCAAAGAAGCAACUUGAAAAUGCUGAAUUACAGAUACAAAGAAAAGAUGAACAAAUUCAAAAAUUGGAAGAAACAGUAAAUAGUUUACAAAAAGAAAUUGAAGAUUUAUUUGCAACAACUUUCAAAAUAUCAGAUUAUGACGAUGGAAAUGAAAGAACUAAUAAAUCUGCUACUGAUGAAUUUUACUCAAAUGUAGAAAAGGAAGAAGCAAAGAUUGAAUUGAAAUCAAAUGAUUUUGAGGAUAUUAGUAAUGAAAGAGAAAAGUUGAAGAUGGAAGAAUGGAAAAAUAUUGAAACAGCAACAGAAACUACUAACAGAGAAUCAGAUGUCAAAUAUCAUGCGACAAUUGAAUUGCAUGAAACAGAUGCUACGCAAAAAACUAUGCAUAUUCAUUCGGAGGAAUAUAUGAAAAAAUUGAAUUACAUUAGUGAAACAGCAAAAUUGUGCAUUGCAAAUUAUAAGGAACGAUUGAAGUAUAAAGAUGAAGUUAUUGAAAAAUACAAAUCAUUGUUAAAAAUUGUAUCGGAUGAACGAAAUGUGCAUGAAAUCACUGAUAAUUCAUCGCCAAUUGCAAAACAAAAAUUGCGAACAUCAAGCGAAAUUUUAUCACAAAAUUAUAAUACUGAUAUUGAAGCAAAAGACAUGGAAAUAGUUAAAUUACGAAAUGAAAUUGAACAAUUCAUUAAGGCAAAUCGAAAACUUACAAGAGAUCUUCACUCUCAAAAUCAAACUAAGGAUUGUGCUGAAAUUAGUACGCAAACUGAUUUGCUAGUGAUCAGCGAUAGUGAUAAUGAUGAUAACGAUGAGAUCACAAAUGGAAGUAUUUUGAAUGAAGAGAAUAACUUAUCCAAUAGGAUAGACAAAUCAAGACAAAGUAUUAGUAAUCAAGAAUCAUCAACAGUUACACAGUUACAUACAUCAUCAUUAGCACAGUCGAUUAUGCAUACUGCGCCAAUUGAAGUGACAGAAACGCAAAAUAAUGAUGUCGUAAUGGAAGCAUUACGAAAAGAAGAAUCAAAAAUAAUGAUAAUGCGUAUGGAAAUUAGAGAUUUAAAACAACGUAAUGCUGCAUUGCAUAUUAGAAAUAAGGAACUGGAAAAAGCAUAUGAAAGUAUUCGAACUGAGGCAUUAUCUGAAAUCAAGUAUAGCUACACAUCCAGUAUUAAUUUGGAAUCGGAUGCUAUUGUUAUGAGACUUCAGCAAGAACUUUCGGAUCUUAAAAUAGAAGCUAGAAAUCAAAAAAAAUUGAGCCAGGAACAAAAAGAAAUCAUUGAUCGAUUACAGAAAAAUCAAUCCAUUAAAAAUCCACAGGAAGAGGUAUCAAAAUGGCAUGAGAAGAAAGCACGUGAAAGUAACGUUAAUUUGCUUCGGAAAAAAUUGAAAGAAACGCAACAACGUGAACAGGAAGCAUGUGAGAAGUUAAAAAAACGUGAUGAACAAAUUAUGCAAUUGCAUAAAUCAGAAAAUAUUCGAAAUACCGAACUGAAAAGACUACAAGAAAUGAUAAGAAAAUUGAAGAAUGAAAAGGAAAUGAGCAAUUUACAAAUGAAAAUGAUGAAUGAUCGGUUAAAGACGUCAGAAGAGACAAAUAUAUAUUUGAAUCAAAAAAUUGUUCAAAUGAAAAAGGAAAGCAAUGAAUUAUUGGUAAGUAUUAGCGAGAGAGAAAAAAAAUCAAAAGACAUAAAAGCAAAGGAUAAAACCACUGAAAUAAGUAAAGAUGUAAUAAGGAAUAUACCUGAUGAAGAGUUACGUAAAUUAAAAGAAAAAGCUGAACAGUUUGACAAUUUAAUGGAACAAUUAAUCAAACUGGAAACAGAAAUUGAGCAAAAACGUGAAGAGAUUCGAUUACUUACUGAUAAAUUAAAUGAGCGAAAAUAUGAUUGUGGUGCAGUUGCUGUCUUACGCGAUAAGCUUAUGGCUAAAGAAAAAGUUAUCGAACAACAACAGCAGCGAAUCGAAGAAUUAGAACGAGAAAAAUGGCAAAAUCUGCUGUAG